AUGCUGUCGUUGCAUGUGACUACGAGCUUCAUUAAUUUUUGUGCCUUAUUGUAUCUAACUAAAAGUAACGACGAAAAAAUCACUGUACCAUGUUUCACUCAAAAUGUGAAUGCGAAAAUCUCUCAAUUUGACGAUCGUAUAUCGUUGAAAUAUAUCAAUUGUACUCGUCUAUUAAAAAGACAUGUAUUUACGAUAACAUUUGAAAUACAACGACGAUUGAAUGUAAUCGAUCAUUUAUUUGAAUCACAUAUGGUCAUUACUCUGUUUGCUGGUCCUUGUUCGUCGAGUACAGCAACAUUAGAUAUCGGGCGAACAUUUCCAUCAAUAUAUGGAACUUUAGAUGGCAGUUAUCCGUCACAACUUGCGUCAAGUCAUCUGCCAUGGAAUGAACAGUCAGUACAAGGAACAAUAUCGUACGAGUACGGCGGACACGGAGCAAGUUAUGCACAACUUAUAUCAGCUCUUAUUCAUAUUGUUAUACGAAAUGGAAGAGAAGAAAUGAUAAAUGGCAUAUAUGUUUUUAAAUUUAAUAAUUAG